AUGAAAAGUUGCCACGUCAUUUUCCUUCUAACACUUUUCAUCCGUCAAUCUCUCGGUGUGGAUCUACCAAUCCAGUACGAGCUGGCCAAUCACAUUCUCGAGAACUACCAGAAGAGUUUGAUUCCGAAAGUGAACAAGAGUGCGCCGAUCAAUGUGACAAUGUCUUUGCAAAUCUAUCAAAUUAUCCAAGUGGUAAUGUUCAUGUUCCCAUGUAGCUAACGCGCGGUGCUAGACCCAGUUGAUUUCUGAAAUAGCGAAGCGAUGCGUGUUUGCUCCAAGUUGAUGUGUACUUCUAUGACAUAAGAUUCCAGAACGAGCCGCAACAAUUCCUUCUUCUGAAUGCAUGGGUGGUCGAGGUGCGUUGUCCCUUGUUAUUUGGCGGCUCCGCGUAGCGAAUGAGCCCUCGAAUGACCCCUUCUUUAUCCGUUUCAUUUCAAAUGAAAAACGCGUCGGUUUUAUAGAGUUGGAUCGACCAAAUGUUGGGCUGGGACCCGGAAGAGUACGGAAACGAGACGGAGAUUCUGGUGAGACAUGAUGAUAUCUGGCUGCCGGAUACCACGUUGUACAACUCGUAAGUGAUGCAGGGAUACCAAAACGUGGUUACAAGGGGAGCUCUCAGGUUGGAGAUGGACGAUUCGGCGUCGAGGAAGUUGACGCACGUCAAGUUGAACACGUUGGGCAAGAAGAGGGGAGCGAUGGUGGAACUGCUCUAUCCGACCAUUUACAAGAUCAGUUGCCUUCUGAACCUCCGCUUCUUCCCGUUCGAUAUGCAGGUCCGAGUAGCGUUUGCUGUACUCAUCUUUUAAUGAAUUCCAGAGAUGCCGAAUGACAUUCGGUAGUUGGUCGUUCGACAACGGGCUCAUCGACUACUAUCCGCGCCCAUUCGCCAAUGGCCCCAUCGGUCUGGCCAACUUCCUGGAGAACGACGCGUGGAGUGUUUUGCUGACGCACGGUAAUUGCUUUAAUUGUUGUGCCGAUUAUUAUGAAAGAAGAUGUGGAAGAGGCAGAGAAGUAUAACCGACAAUACUCUAAUCUUGGCACAUGAAAAAAUGAGCGAGGAUUAGGAGCGCACAACUCACUCCGUUUGGGGUGGAAAGAAAAGAAAAAUAAGAAAACGUUCAGAGUUCAGCACAGAGCUAUUUCAGUGGCACGGGAGGAGAAGAAGUACUCGUGCUGUCCGAACAACUACACAAUGCUCUACUACGACCUGGUGAUCCAGCGGAAGCCGCUCUACUACGUGCUCAACCUCAUCGCGCCCACCGCCGUCAUCACUUUCAUCUCGAUCGUCGGCUUUUUCACGUCAGUCAACCCGUUCACCAACGCGUUCUCUGUGUGCGUUUGACUCAUCCAUGUCCGUCGUGUCUCGUGUGCGUCCCUUUAGAUGAAUGGCGUGUUGCUUCUAGGGAAGCGUAGGAACUUCUGUUGCUUCUUUUGUUGACGCUCCGUUCUGUUCAGCUCUUCCUCGGUCCACGACCUUCGUCAGGAGAAGAUAACAUUGGGCAUCACGACGCUUCUCUCCAUGUCAAUCAUGAUAUUCAUGGUGUCUGACAAGAUGCCUUCCACGUCUACUUGCAUUCCUUUGAUCGGUUCGUCUCUUCCCUCUGAAAAGAGCCAGGAAAAUCCUCCAACUUUCAGGCAUAUUCUACACCCUCAUGAUCACCAUCAUUUCGUUCGGAACACUCGCCGCUUCCUCUGUCAUUUUCAUUCAAAAACUCGGAAGUGUCGGCACUCCGCCCACUCCGCAAACAAUGAAAUGGACGCACCGGGUAGCUCCGUUCGUCUGGAUCCAGAUGCCGUUGGUGAUGAAGCAGGCGUACGCGAAGAGGGCGAAAGAGGAGAAGAUGCGGAAAAGGAUGAUGCGGAAGGAGAGCAUGUGGACAAAAGUGUACAAACUGACGAGGGACACCUCUUCCAAACAGAAACUCAUGUCAACAUCUGUGGAGAUCGCUCCAAAAUUCAAUAUCUCGCAGAUUUCAGAUACGAAACACGAUUUUCCGCUGAGCAAUUCUCCGUCUCAAAUGGGUGAGUCUUGAAUUUUGGAGCAAUGCAAUCAGAAAAUGAUGUUCAGAAGAAUCGGGAACACUCGAAACAUUCUCGGCUCCGAUGGAAGUCAACUUUGACAGCGAAAUGCUUCAUCCGAAGCCUCUGAACCAUUCGGCGAGCAGCAACAGCCUCCAAAGUGUGCUCAAACCGACGGAAAUCCAAGUGUCCCCGUUCGCCACCCGAAAUAUCGUCGAGCUCGAAUGGGAUUGGGUGGCCGCCGUGCUCGAGAGGAUUUUCCUCAUUGUCUUCAUCGUCUUCUUCUUCUUCGCCGCCAUAGGAAUCAAUCUGAUUGGCUACUUUUAUUGGUACAUGGAGAAGGAAGACAUUCAGACUUUCGACUUUUUCUGA